AUGGCGCCAGCUGCCAUUCCUGCAAACUGUACUGGCCACCACAGCCUGGCUAAGAGCAAGGAGACCGGGUUGAACGACGAAUCCCAAGAGCCUCAGGCAGAUGAAAGUGUCGGGACAAGGGAGGCAGCUGGCAAUGUUCCUAAGAGCAGGGACGCCUUCAAACCACAGGCGAUCGAUGAUUCUCCGCUGGUUUCGGAUGCAGCAGACAAACAGCCUGAGAGAGGCCCCGAUGACAAGGCAGCCCUGUGCAAAGGCAGUCACGAAGACACCUGCAAAGACUUAGGCACAGCCACAGCUGCGGUCAAGGGUAAAGGAAAAGGGAAGUUGCCUCCGCCGGCUGUGCCAAAGCAGAAGGGAGAAGGCAAGAAGGGCAAAGGGGUAGCCAAAGGCGACCGCAAUGCCGUCAAGGUUGAGGAGGAGAAGCUGCUGAUGAGGAAACCAGAGGUCAUCCCAAGCGUCCAGGUAAAGCGCGUGUUCUGGAAUCCUAUCCACCUGCGAGCUCACGGCAGCUGUACAGUGUGGGAUGCAAUCGAUGACGAGAACUACUACAUUGAUUUGGAGGAACUGGAACGCCUCUUUGCGGAAGUAAGAAGUCCAAGAGGAAAGAUGGAGGAAAAGGGAGGCGAGGGCAAGCGAGUUAUUCGAGUUUUCGAUGAGCAGAGGCGAAGGCAGAUUUGCGUUAUGAUCGCGCGCCUGCCGGGAGACGCACUGAAGAUGGUGAAGGAAAUGGAUGCGCAGAGGCUUGGCAGGGACGAGGUUGAACUGCUUCUGCAAAACAGUCCAUCUGCCGAAGAAAUGCAGAUGCUCCGACGCGCUCAGGAGGAAAAUGUCAUUGAUGAGAACAACGUGUGGGACAUGGCCGAGGACUUCAUGCUGUCACUCCUCGAAGUUCCCCGAGUUCAAUUGCGCUUGAAAGUUUGGGGCUUCGUAAACUCCUUCCAGGAGAAGUUUGAGCAUGUUGCCUUUGAUGUGGCUGGCGUGUUCUACGGAUGCCGCUGCCUUCUGACAUCAAUGCGGGUUAGGCACUUACUGGGAGUGGCACUACAUGCAGGCAAUUUUCUGAAUGGUGGAACCCGGCGUGGACGUGCAGAUGGUUUUGCCAUGGAAGCCCUGCUGCAGCUCGGAACUGUCAAAGCAACGCAGGCCGCAGAGCAAACUCUGAUUCACUUCAUCGCCUUGCAGAUGGAAAAGCAGUACCCGGGCGAACUUGCCAGCCUCCUAUCACCGGGACAGGAAGCAGAUUGGAUCAGACACGCAGCCAGACGACGUAUUGAGGAUGCUGCGCAGGAGUCCACUGCGCUACUGGGGCAAGCCGUGCAAAUGCUGAAGACCAUCCGACUCGUGCUUGAAGAAGACGGAGAAUCCGAGAGCAUCCGUCCGAGUGAGGAGAAGGAAGAUGUUCUUCAGCAUUACAGCGAGUGCCUGUCGAUGUGCGUUGCAGAACUGGAAGCCCUCCAAGGCAAACUAGGCCUUUUGAAUGGGAAGUACGACGAGUUGUGCGAGUGGCUGCACAUAGACGCUGAUCGCCGCAAACCAAGUGACGAGCUGUUUGGGAUUUGGCACCGCUUCUUGGAGGACGUCAAAGCUGCUCGUCGUCUACUUCAAGAGAAGGAGGAGCAAGAAUUGCGCAGGAAGAGGCGGCCACCCCUCCAGCGGAAAAGGAGGCAGGUCCGAAGAUCGGUCACGAUGCCCAACUUUGCACCUGUCGAGGAACCCGAACCUGGCGCAAAAGCAGUGCGUCAGGUGCGACAGCUGCGUCUGAACUUAAGCCGAGAGCUUGGUGAGGAUGCCUCAGCAAGCUCAAGCGAACUCUAUGCAGCACGUGCCGAAGAUGCCGAAGCUUCAAGUUGCGAUGCAAGCCACAUGGAGGCCUCUUCCACAACGAGCUCAGGCGAAGAGUCAAUGGCCAGGGACAUCCAGCACAAAGAGCAGGGGACCACAGCGACUUUUGGCACUUCCGAGAAGUUCCAAGACGUCGCUGCGGAGUCACCACCUCUUCCCGAUCAUUCUCAACAGCUCCAGGAUUGUCUGAAUGAUUUCAUGCAGACCCUCGAAGAGGGUACUUCCGAUGAUCUUGGUCCUUCUGAGAAGUUCCAAGAUGGAAAGCUGGAGGAGCAACACAGGCAGAGCCAGCGCAAUGAUAGGCGUGGAUCCGCCUUUCAGUGCCUGACCCGAGAACGGUUGAG